AUGGCGUCUGCAUCGGUCCCUGAGACUGGACAAUUGGAGGACUUUCUGCGCUCAAGUACUAAUAAUGCUGUCAAAUCCUAUAUUGUCGCUCUUCAGACCCAGCAUCGCAAGAUUGAAUCUGAGCGCAUUCAACUAAUCAAGGACCGUCAGCAAGAAGCAUUCAACCAUGCGGAAACUAGGGCACAACUACUUCAGUCCCGUCAGGAACUGUUGGCUGCCAAUGAAUCCCUCGAGAAAAUCAGGCAUACUCCCUUCACCGCUUCCAACCUCAACGCAUUGACUCAGAAACGACAAUUGCAGGAAGCAACCUCAGAAAUCGAAGCUGGAAACGCUGCGGUCAUUGCCCUCAAGACCGAAAUUGAUCUAUGUCAUCGUACGAUUGCCACCAUAGAGUCAGAGUCCCAAACACGUCAGAGCAGAAUCAGCGAACUCGAACGAGAACGGACGUUUUUGGCUGAGCAGGUCAUGAAUUCUCAAUCUGAAGUCUCGAAACUCACUCAAGAGUUGGCCAAAGUACAGCCAGGUGUGUCUCCUGGAGAGUCGAUAGCUGAUGCAAGAGCGAUAUGCCCGAACUGUGGCCAUCGAAACCCUGACAGUGAGAAAGUAUUCGGGCAGCUUGUCGAAAUGAAGGGAGAAUUGGUUCGUCUCAACCAUUCUGCUCAGUUUUAUAAAGCCACGCAUCUGAAUACUGUCAAACAGCUCAAUGAGGAGAGAGUGGAAAGCCGCAAUGUAUUGGAAAAAGUCGCCCAGCUCACGUCUGAGCUGCGGUUGGCGAAAGAAGAAGAGCGUAUAUCUCAGGAACAGGUCAAAUCCUAUAUGGCUAGUGCAGAAACAAGCCAAAAGCAGAUUCUGAACGAAGCCGAGCAAUUUAAUCGUCAGGUGUCAGCUGACGUGGCUCAAACCGAAGCAAUAAAAGCAACACUCCGAGCUUCUGCUUUCGAACAGUAUAACGUGACAAGAGCUGCUCUGGACAUGGUGUUAAUUUUGUCUUCUAGUCUAGCAUACUGUCAAGAAGAGUUGACGAUAGCCCGUGUUCGUGUUUCCGAAUCGAUAAAACAAAGUGAAGAAUACUCAUCGUCUCUGGCUGGACGUGUCGAUAAUUUAUCUGGAGUACUCAUGGACGUCUCCAAGAAGCUGACUGUGAUUCGCCGAACAUUGGCAGCUGAUAGGACGUCUACUUCUUCGCAACGCUUAGCAGAAGAUUUAGCGGGCAUCAUAACUUUAGUGAAUGCCAAGAAAGACGACGGUGCAGCAUUAGCAGUCUCCACCAGAGCUGACUUGACAUUGGUACGAAAGGCCCGGCUGAUUACAGCAGAAAACCUGGUUUCUUCUAUACUAGAAGAAUCAGAGCGCGAUAGAACUCAAAUGGAAUCUGCAAUGUCAGCUCUUCAGGAUCGUGUGAUCAAGUUGGAAGACCAACUACUCAAAAUAAUAUCUAAUAGUAAUAAUAAUCGUAAAAUGUCAAUUGUUGAGGCUGGCUCUCAACAAUCCUUGAAUCGUCCCUCUGGAUCACCUCGAAAACUGAGUCUCGAUACAAACAGAAGGUCCUUUAUAAAUAGUUUGUCGAAUCUUGAUGUCUCAGGUGCUAGUGCUACUCUUGAUCGGCCAGCAUCGACGCAUGGUACUUUUGAGAAGGCAUUAAAGGCUUCCAUUUUGGAGCCUAUAUCAGAAGAUGCUGUUGCAACAAGUAGUGUACCAAUUACUUCUGAAGAUGCCACAUUGGUAUCGAUGAGAUCAGCUCAUCUAGUACGAAUGAUUCGUGAGAAGGAUGCUGAAAUGAAACGACUGAAAGAAGAAAAGGGGGCUCGAGUAUCGACCCCUGUUGGUAAUAAACCCUCGCGGUCGAGAUCCAUCAGUACCGAGUCACAGAGAGGUCGUAAAGAGGUUCGACCAAAGUCUCCAACCCGAAAACCUUCCUCAGAUACAUCUUCAAGUCCAAUUAGAAUAGUGGCUCGUAAUAGAAUAUUAGAAGAACGAGUCAAGGUGCUCGAAGAGCAAGUCUCAUCACCCACAUCUCCAACCAGUCCAUCGCAGCGAGACAGUAUAUUCGCCACCACAACGAUGAUAGAAGACCAAGUCAGAGCUCUAAGUGAAGAAAACGCUGCAUUACGAGCUCACGCUCAAUUACGAGCGGACAAUGAAGAGUUCAUGCGAGACCUUCAAACUCAGAAUCAUGAGUUGAUGGAAGCCAAAAGUCAACUUGCUGCUAGUCUGGAUGCUCAGAUAGCUCGAAACAAGGAUUUGGAAGGUUCAGUGUCAGAAAAUAAGUCAGUGGUGCCUUCAUCGCCUGUUGGUCACCGUGGUAGCAUUGCUAGUGAACGAAGCAUUGCAAUUAGUACGGUUGCACCACCUAGCCCGACUAGACGAUGGUGGGGUUUAAGUGGUACUGCGAACCGCAGUAGCGAAGAUAGUAAGAAAUCAGAUCUUGGUGAAGUCCCCCACUCGCCAACAGAUGACCCAAAGAUGGCUGCCAUAAUACAAGACAAGGACCAAGAAAUCGCUAAACUUCGUAAUCAUCUUGCAUCUACAGCCACACAGUACUCGUCAAAGAUGGAAGCCCUGAGUGAGGAACGUGAUUCAUUGAGGGAAUCAGUAUCUGAACUUAUGACACAAGUCCAAACAUAUCAAUCUAGACUUGCUGGUCUACAAUUAGAUUCUGCUGUCGUGUCUAGAACAUCUAUAGACCACUCUGACUUACAACGUAGUUUGAGUGGCAAGCAUGAACAAUUAUCUGAAGCGCUAGAAACCACGGAAUCAUUGAAGGGAGAAGUAAAAUCUCUACAAGAUGAGAUUCACAUCUUACGCGAUCAGUUGGAACAAAAGCAUCAAGAGUUAUCACAACUGGCGGAUCAAUCAUCUAGUAGUCUAGGACGUGUCAAGAAUUUAGACCCAUUAAAACGCUCUGAUGCAGCGUCUCGUGAUAUUGGUGGUCAGGAAGGACGAGCUGUUGGGUCUAGGGUGUCUCAGCAAUCUAUUGUAAAAAGCCAACUUGGCGAUGAGCCAGUUCAGGAAGUUGCUGCGAAAGCUUUAUUGCAGGCUCGAGAUUCCAUUGUGAUAUUGAGGGAUAAUGUUGAGCAGUAUGGAGAGCUAGUGCAGCGGCUUGACAAGAAGGUAUACAAUCUACGCUCGGAAAACGCUUCCUUACGUGCCAUUAUUGCCAAAGGUGGUAGUGAUAGUCCUCUCCCUCGUUCUUCUGCUGAAGACGAUGAAGAUGAUCCAGACGCGGAUAGAGUUCGAGAUCAGUUACUAUCUGACUAUAGUCAUGUGCAGCUCAAGAAUGAUUUCAAGACCAGGAUUGCUGAACUUGAAUCUCAGCAUGAUGAUGAGCUUAAUCAGAUUCAACAGGUACAUAAGUUGUCAAUGAGGGACACGGAUCAGAGGAUACAGGCACUUGAGGAAGAGAAGGCCAAGACUCGCAGUGAGCUCUCUAAUUCUCUUCAGCUAGUUAACAGUCUUCAUAGUCGAGUUGAUGAGCUUCAGAAGAUUGCACGACAAAAAGAUGUACAUUCAAAGGAGAAUGACAACCUUAUUGCUGAGAUGCAAGCAGAGCUCACAGAGUUGCGAGCUAAGAACGCAGCAUUCCAAGAUCGCGCACCAGUGGCAUUCGUGGACGUCAAUGCGUCAGAUGCUAGUCUGGACUCUCCAGUCAAGUCUACUGACAAGGAAAUUAGUCCAUGGUCUAAUGAUGAUCAGAGUAGAAUAGAGGCUCUUGCCGCAUUAUGUCAACGUCUCGAGGAUUCCAUCAACUCAAUGCAAUCAAAUAGCAGUAUUAAAUCCAGUGCCCGUGGCGUUGAUAUAGCUCUUGUGCCGGCAUCUCCUCGUCUUGUAGUCACACAGGUCCUUCUACCACCAUCACCUGAAACAGUAGCCACUGCUGGUGAUCGUACCUCGAUAUCAUCCGCGACACCAUCCAUUGUGCGUAUGCUUGCACCAGAUGGAGUGCAUAGACUGUCAGUGGAUGAUCCUUCUCGAUCAGAAUCUAUCCUGAUUUCGAGAGAACGCAAUGAUUUGAAGGCACAAGUCAGCCAGCUUCAACAAUGGAUUACAAAUAAGGAUUCGGAAUUGAAUACGAUCAAGGCUAAUCUCGAUGCUUCAAAAGAGUCUUUGGAAGCCAAAGAAAAGGAAUUACAUGCAGCAGUUGCAGAACGUGAAUUGGCUUAUAUGCAGCUAACUAGAUCAAGCCAGGCCGUGUCUUCUCGUGCAUCCUCAGAAUAUGGUACACCUCAUCGACCUAACACCACUUCUCACACAGUCGAUAUGGAAAACAUUGUGAAAGGUCUUGAAGAAGACCGUCGUAAAUUGCACGAUGCUCUCAUUGAAGUAAUGAGUGAACGUGAUCGAGCACGUAGUGAAUUGGCACUCGGUGAAGCCGAAUUGGCCGAGGCGAGAAAUACUCUAGAAGCUGCAAAUACGUUGUGGGAGCAAUCCGAGAUGGAUAAAAUGAACUUGGAAGCUCAAGUUAGGGCUCUGGUCAAGGAACGACAACGUGGUUCUGGGGAUGGUUCCAUGCCAUUGCCUUUACCUGUUCCGGCAGUAGUGCCUGGAUUUGGCAGGGAUAUGGUGACGAUGAAAAUGGAGAUGACUAAGCUGGAGAUCCGUCUUCGAGACUUGGAGCUCUCGUCAAGAGCCACCGAGGAACACCUUGUCGACAGAGAACAGGAGCACGAAACAUAUAUGGCCGAAGCCGAAGCCUCAAUCAAGAAACUCCGUACCGAACUAGAUACUGCUGUAGGAGAUCUAGAAUUCGCCCAACACGAACUCAAAAGAACUCUCGAAGACAAAGAAAUUGCAUUGGCAGCAUCGACCCCAGAUGACUUUGCUGCUAUUGAGAGACGGUUGACUCAAGAGCUUGUGGAUACACGAGCUCUCCUGGAUGCCACUCGUCGUGAAAUAGAAUCGUCUAGAGCUGAAAAGGCGGAGGCUAUUACCGAGUUAGCUAGUGAGAAUGAGAUUCAGUUUGAGCAGGUGCAGAGACUUUCUGCUGAAGUUAAACGGCUGGAGGCUUUGGGUGGAAUGGCGUCUGUUACUCCUGAUGUGUCCAUGCCAGUUCCACAAUCUGACUCUAAGAAGCUAGAAUUACGUAAUAUGAAGCAAGAAGCCGAUGGCCGACAUGCAGAGCUGACCGCCAAAGCUGCAUUCUUGCAAAGUCAACUCGAUCUCGUAUCCCUUCACAAUGAAAAUGUUCUUCGCGAAUACGAAGGUCUCAAAGCUUCCAGAGACGAAGCAGACAAUAAUAGUAAAAUGGUGUCUCAAGAGCUUGCUGAAGCAAGAUCAGCUAUAGCCAAUUACGAGAAACGUUUAGCAACGGUCUCCGCCGAACUAGACAAACAUAAACUCCAAGUUGCUAAUUUGCAAACUGUCAAGGCCGAAGCAGAAUCUCUUCGAUCAAUUAAAUCAGAAACUGAUGCUGCAUCAGCUAAAGAAUUAGCUACUGCAACUCAAGAAUUGGCGAAUGCCAAAUCUGUUAUUGCGAUGCAUCAAAAUCGGUUGCAAGAGACUAUACAGGAACGAGAUGCGUACGUAAUGCGUCAUGAAGUUAUGGAUCGGGAACUUUCUGCUCUUCGAGAUGAGUUGGAAGCUGCUGCUGUGUCGACUCGUGAUUUGAAUUCAAAGGUUAAUGAGCAUGUGGUGCUCAUUGAGACGUUGAAGGCUGCCGUAGCCGAGAAGAAUGCUAGAAUUCAACAGAUCAGUAGUGAGCACCAAGUCAAACUCGCAGACGCAAAUCGAGAGUUGGAGCUAGUGAAGAAUAAUCAUGCUGAGUUAGUAGCUACUCAUGAAUCCAAACUCGCAGAUACAUCUGCCAUGUUGACUAGUCGGGGAGCCGAGCUUGAGCAACUAAAAGCUGCUCGAGAAGCAGACAUAGCUCAAGCCAAGAGUAGUCAUGAGCGCCACUUGUCUGGUCUGAAUACUGAGAAAUUGGCCCUAGUGGCUCGUAUUCAAGAAUUGGAAGCUGAUUUGGCUUUACAAAAGCAGGAAUCAUCAGCUGCUAUAGCUUUGGUCUCAUCGCGGCUCGAAGACUUAAAAGCCUCGUCUUUGGAAACCAAGUCACCAAAGCAACAUGACACAGUCAUGGAAAUGUUGGUUCAGCAGGAUCAAGAAUUGAGCCAAACCGUAGCUCAACUUGAAUCUCAGAUUGAUGACCUCAAGGCUGGCAUUGCUGAGAAGGAUCAGCAGAUAGAACAGCUUUCUGCAAAAAUUAAUACUUUGUCGGAAAGUCACGCCAAGGAGAUCUCAGAGCGAGAUAGUCAUCUGGAAACUCUGAAGUCUCGACAAACGGAGCUUGCCCAGGCUCAGUUGGCUAGCAGUGCUGAGGCUGAAGCUGCACACAAAAGCAAUUUGGAAAUGUCAUUGAAAUUUGUCAGGGACGAACACGCACCUCAAAUAUUGGCUCUUGUUGCUGAACGAGAUCGCCUUCAAUCUGAAUUAUCGUCACCUUCUGUAAACGUCAGAGAUUCGUCAACUCUUAAUGUUCACAUCUUACAGAAACAGUACAAACAACUACAAGACGACCAUGACAACAUACGUAAAGACUAUGCUAAACUCCGCUUAAAACUUGGUGAUACCGAAGCUCAAUUACAGAAGGGUCAAGACGAAAAGAUUCGUAAACAAGCAGCGUCUCCAGUCCUUGGUGACUCGGACGAGAUUGUUGACUUGCUUGCCCGAAUUGGUAAACUUGAACAAGCUCUCGAAGUGACGGCUGCUGAAUGUGAACGCCUUACUGCAGAGAACAAAAGUCUUCGUAAUGGUGUACCCAAUGAUGCUGAGUUGAAACGUAGUGAAGAGAAAUGGACUGUUGAGAUUGAUGGUCUUCGCAAUGAGAUUGAAGCAAAGGCUAUUGCGCUUGAAAAUGUGCAAGGGCAGUUAGAGUCGUUGCAGCAAAAGCUGUCUGAGGACUCGUCAUUCAAUAGUAUCGUCAGUGAGAGUAAGGGGAAGCCUGGUGGUUUGAUAAAAGGUGGUGGCGCAGCCAAGUCUCCAUCAAUGACUUCGAUGAAUGUGAAUCUGCAUGCACUUCACAAGGCAGCUGAGUCUGAGAUAUUUAGGUUACGACAGCACACAGUAGACCUCGGUCGUCUGAAGCAAGAAGAGAUUUCCUCUCUCCAGAAGGAAUGGGACAAUCAAAAACGUGAUUACUUGGCCACACUAUCCACCCUUCUAGACGAUUUACAGGAAGCUGCCAAUGCAUCCGAUAUUAUGAAGGCUCAAUACGAGCAUACAAUUGCAGAGCUACGUAACAAGAGUGAAGAAAAUCGACGACUCAGUAAAAGUAUCGUGCCUCCUCCAGUAGAUGAGAAUGAAGGAGCGAAACUAAAGGACGGUCUGCUCAACUUAAAGUCUAGGAUCUCUGUAGAUAGGAACUCGCUCAACUCGUUACUGGGCCAAUUAAGCUCGUAUGCUGAAGUUGAUGGAGAUAUCUUUAUACGGAUUGCUGAAUACUUGUCUGAGUAUUUCUCACUCUUUGGUGAAAUCAUGGAUGUUAUUAGACCAGAAGCCUUGAAACCAGAGUUUACCCCUCUCGCAUACCGUAUUCUUAGUGACAAUCCAUUAUUUAAUGGAACCAUGACUGGCUGGACUGAUGAUGCCAGCCCUCUCAUCCAGCCCGACGUCAUAUUAGAUGGCACAUUGGGAAACCUCAUGUAUCAAUUCAUUGAGCAACGUAAAGAGUUCUCCACGUCAAUGACCCAAAUACGCAGUCUCAGGAGCCAAGCCUUGAAUCAGCCACUCGCAAAACUUGAGUCGAGCUGGAACUCGGUCGUUGAGCAACGAGCAUACUUGACCAAGUUGGUGCAGCAUCUGAUGAGAACGGUGGUAAAACUUAGGGCAAACCAAAAGUCAAAGAAUGCUGCUAUAAGACUGCUUCGAUCCAAACCAUCGUCUGGUACAUCCGCAUCACCGUCUAACGAUACAGUGCCCAAGGCGUUGUAUGAUUCCAUAGUAUCAGAACUUGCAGUAGUAGAAGUAGCCAAGAACAAGCUCAAAUCUGAGCUUUCGCAAGCUCGUAGUGUGAACGUGACAGAUAUGACGUUAUUCUCUGAAAAGGAUGCACUUUCCGAAGAAGUGCAAGAGCUUCAGGCCGCUCAGGAACGAGCAACAGAACGUAUUGAAGCCUUGUCUGCCGAAGUCAAAGUCUUACACGAAACUAAGACAAAGACUGAAACCGAGUUUGCAGCAUACCGUCGUAUCAAAGAGUCGAAGGGAUCUGAUAAUUCAGAGGAAUUCCAUGAUGCUGUUGCUAAACUUGAAGCAGUUCGUGGUGAAUUGUCACGCUUGCAGCAGACUAGUGAGCAAGACAAGGAACGUUUUGAUAAGGAGAAGGAAAGGCAAGAGAUGACUGUCAAUGCUUUACUUGAUGAGAGAGAGACAGCUUUCAAGCGGAUGAACUUUGCCUUUGAGCAAAUGAAAUCAAUGGAGACUGAGCUGGCUCAACUCAAGUAUAACGUCACCUUACCACCUGUGAAUGCGAACGAAGUUGGUACUGAAGCAAUUGACAAAUUACUUGAUCCACCCACUGGAGACUCUGUAAACACCGAAACCGUACAACCCUCUCACAGUCCAGCCGAAAUACAAGCCCUCGAAAACCAACUCAUCGACACAAAGAGUCGACUCGCUCAUCUCCAACAAGACUACGACGACCUAACAGUCGAAAUGGACCGAGUAAUUUCCAGCCACAGAGCCGAUGCAUCACGACUGCAAUACGAUGUAGCAGUCCUACAAGGAUCCACAGUCCCCAAAUCAGCUCACGAUGCACUUACAGAAGAAGCAGACUCGUUACGUGCAAAUGUAGCGAGCCACCAAGAAUUGGUUGCUGCAUUGCAAAACCAAGUGAGGGAUUUGGAGAUGGGUGCUGCUGGUGUAGAGGCUGAACGGGAUAAUGCUCAGGGGCUUGUUGUCUCAUUACGUGCUCGUUUGGAUGAGGCCCUUAAGGGUGGUGUUAGGGAUUUGGGUGACGAGGGAAGAGGAGACAAUGAUAUCGCGUCUCUUAAUGCACGUAUCCGGAACUUGGAUGGUGAAUUGGCUCGUCUGACAGUCGAUAAUGAGAGUCUUAUGACUGCGUUGAGGUCACGAGAUAUGAUGCUGGUCGAACUACGAGAGAAGGCAAAACAGUCCCCAGCACCUACUAGAGCACCGUUGAUGGCUUCUAUCGCCGUACAGGUCAACGAGAAGCGACCCAAGAAGGCAGUAAUGAUCCAUGCUGCUACAAUGACCUCUAUCAAGACAUUCGAUCAAUACGUCCUCACCGAGCCUCUUCCACAAACCACAAUCUCAAUCCAAACUGAUCCCAUGAUGAACGACCAUUACUUGGAAACAGUCGAAGAAGAACACACCAUUGAACGGGUAUACGCAGAAAGUGCUGAAUACGCCCCCGUAGAGACACAUCUAUACAGCAAACCUGUUUACCAAAUCGAAACAUACCAGCUUCCAUCUCUGAAUGUAAACGGUAUCAGCACCAACAGCUAUACCCAUCAAAUCCCUGAUGACUACCCGAUACCAGCUAGCAGUUACCCAGCCUAUAACAGUGAUGGCAGUAAUUUCGACACGCUAAGAUUCUCAAAAGAGUCUUUUGGGUAUUUAGGUGACUUUUAUGCAGGAGAAGGCAACUUUUACUCAGGAGAAGAGUUUAAAAUAGAGCAGGAGAUAUCCCAGAUACGUAAAAAGUCUUUGGAGUCCUUACGCAACACGGCGACAACACUCAAAGACUUUUAUAAUACCGGAAAUACUACUAGCAGUGCUAGUAACGCCACUAAUAACACCCAUGUCAACCCCCACAACGUUAAUAACAAUCAAUCAACACUGACACUCAUUGACGAAGAAGAACCCUCAUUAGAAUUACAAAAUAUGACACCAUCGUCAGCAGACGCUGAUGCACGAGCAGAAGAAGCAAAGAUAUUGGCACAUCAUUCGGCUGUUGAGGAAGAGCUCAAGAUGAUGAAGGCCAAGACUCGAGAGAGUAUUGAAAAGACUGCUCAGACUUUGGCAAAUGCUGUGUCAAGAGCCACAUAA